CCGCGCCGCGCGCCUCUCGUUAGUCAAAUCGCGAUCGUUGUUGCGCGAUCAUUCGACGCGUUGUACUUGAUAUACAAAUCUUGGUGCGCGCGGAUCAACGGAGCUACGUACAAAAAUAAACUACAUCGAGAAAAACAAGCUUAAACAACUACGCGGUACAUAGCAUUGGAUCUGCGAAGAAGGACGAGAGAUAAGAUAAUUUUAGUGAUUCUCGCACUAUAUCAAAGACAUUAUCGAUUUUAAUGAUGGAGCGAUUGAUGCUACUGGCCUUUCUGGCCACUGUAGUGCUGUGCCACGAGCCAUUUCAAGUGAUGUUUGAAUGGAAGUCGAUUGAUUUCCACUGGCCUUCAGACGAGGAACGACAAUACGCUGUAACACGAGGCGAAUACAUACCGGCAAACAACUUUAUCACCACUGUGAAAUUUUGGAAGGACAAAAUGUAUCUGACGUUACCGCGAUGGAAAGACGGCGUACCGGUGACGCUGGGCACUACGUCAGCAAAACCAAUUAAUGGCAUGACAGCGCCCAAGUUAGAAGCUUUUCCCAAUUGGGACAUGCAGAAGCUGGGUGACUGCGCGGCGUUCCAACUGGUCCAUAGUAUAGAGAUUGAUCCCAAGGGUCGUAUGUGGGCGCUCGACACCGGCCGACCUACGUCUCUCAGGGAAUCGAAAAUCUGCUCGCCGCGCCUUGUUAUUCUCGACCUCGAGGACAAUGGCAAAAUCCUCCGUUCUUACCAAUUUCCUGAGCACGUGGCACGUCGCACAAACGCGUACCUCAAUGACAUUGUUCUUGAUCACGAGGACGGUGGCAUGGCAUACAUCACCGAUACUGACACUACCGAUCCCGGCAUCAUUGUGUAUUCUUUAAAGGAUAACAACUCCUGGAAGAUUCGGCACGAUUCUAUGAAGGCGAAAUCGGAAGCGGUUGGAUUUAUGGUAGCUAAAACGCAUGUAAUCAAUCCCGUACACGUGGAUGGCAUAGCGCUUUCACCAGCGAGCAGUAGCAACAGACAAGUCUACUAUACGCCUUUAUCUUCUUUCCAUUUAUAUUCAAUUCCGGUGUUGACUCUGAAGGAGAACAUGACAAAUAUCGAUCAAUAUGUGAAAGAACUUGGACGGAAGAAUUCGCAGACAGAUGGCAUGGCAAUGUCGUCUACUGGCGUGCUUUACUUCGGUCUAUUGGCUGACGAUGCCAUCGCUAUGUGGGAUACCAAGAAUAUAGCAUCCUUUACCGUCGGUCAACGAAUUAUUUCGCGCGAUCACGUACUGACACAGUGGCCCGAUAGUUUCGCCUUUGACGAAGACGGCAAUUUUUGGUGCGUCACCAAUAUGCUGCAAAACUUCUUAAAUAAUCGCGUUGACAUUAACGUACCCAACUAUCGACUCAUUCGAUCACGCGUAGGCUUUAAGAGUUAUCAAUAUUACGAGAACGGUACAGCACCCGAAUUAGCAGAUAUCACCGCCGGCGCUGAUUCUGUCAGACUUGUAUUUGUCGUACUACUGCCUACCAUUUUGAUACUUAUCGCGAAAUAACCACUUUGUGCAAAACUUCUGUUAAAGGUAUGUACAUUACGUACACGAAGAAACAAUUUGCGAAUCCACGUUAAAACAUUCGAUCAUAUUAACUCGUGUUAUUUUUUCUCACGACAAUCUGACAUGAAACAAACACUGUGAGAAAGAUACAGUUUUUCACACAAAAAUUUGUGAAUAUUUCCUUUCAUAUUAGUGUCAAAAUAAAAAAUUUUUACAUAGUUGAAAGAUCUCAUUAGAUAAUUCUCAUAUUAUCAUCCAAUAUAAACAAGCAACAUAUUAAACAUAUACUCCGUGAUAAAAUUAUAAAACCACUGUUAAUUUUAAUUUUUCUGCUGUAUUAACGAAAAUUUUAAAUGCAACCAAUUUACUACGUUAUUCAAUAUUCUAAGAAACCUUUACAUUUAACCUUUAAACACAAAAUUGUUAUAAAUACAAUUAUAGAAAAUAAAAGUAAUUUUUGGUAUUGUGACAAAAUUAUAAAAUCACUUUAAAAAAUAACAUUUAUUAUCAGUAAAAGAAAUACAGAACAUAACUAAUAAUUAAUUUGAGAACUAUUUUUAUGAAUGAACUUAAUUUUAUUUUUCAUAGAUUCCACUAAUUUAUUAAGAGUCUUUUGAUUAAGUUCUUGCCAUUCAUUUAUAAGUGCGGUUUUUAAUUGUUGAACAGUCUCAUAUUGUUUGCCAUUGAGAUAAACGCGCCGUACUAAUAAAGCCCAAACAUUUUCCGUCUGAUUACAAUCCGGUGAUCGUGCCGGCCAAUCUAUUGAUUCUACGCUGAUUAAACCAGGUCUUAGUGGUUUUACUUCUGUGUACUGCCGCAUUAUUUUGUUGAUCAAUCAUCAAAGGAAUGAGAUGAAAUAGUUUUAAGAAUGGCAACAAAUUAUCUUCUAAAACUUUAAUAUGUUCGGUACUGUCCAUCUUCGAUGAUACGAACGUAAGAGUUAAUUUUCCAACCGCUAAAAAUGCAUCCCAUAUUAUACAAGUACCGCCACCAAAAUUGCGUUUGAAAAAAAUUGUGGUUCUUUCCUUAAAUCUCUCCAAUAAAAGUUGUAGCUGUCAGGAUCAUCUAAACAAAAUUUCUUGUCAUCGCUAAAGAUUACCUGAUAAAAGUAGAAUUAAUGAAUAAGUUUUGCUUUUUGAAAAAAUGAUGCUUUAUGAAUGGUUCUCAAGAUUGUUCGAGCUAAGACGUCAAGCGAACAUUCCGCUCUUAUGUGAACAGCCGACUCGGUUGAAUUGGAUGCUUUACUAAUAAUUUAUCUUUUGUCUCUUAAUGAAAGCUUUGACUUCCAGUACUCUUUUUCGUACCAUAUUGCUUAAAAUUUUUUAAAUAAUUGAACAUUCCGUUAUAAGAUCGACCUAGAGCCCAAGAAAUAGAUCUAAUACUGUUUUCCGCGCGACGCAUUUCAUCACUUCUACCUUUUUUUAUAUUAAUUAAGCCUCCUUACACGUGCUAUGCUUAGAAAAUAAUAAAUAGAACACAUAGUACAAGAUAAAUUUUAAAGUUUUAUUUUAAAUGUUUUUAUAAUUUUGUCACAGUAUCAAAAUCGAUUUUGCUUGUGAUUGUAUUUGUUGCAUAUUCUUCUUAAAACAUGGAGCACAGCAACGUUUUGAACAUUGAACUACCACUGAAUCCAACUGAUGCAGUUAAAAUGUUUCAAUAUAAUGAAAUUCUCUAAGUAGGGAAUGGUUGUAUAAUUUUGUCACGGAGUCUAUAGUGAUACACAUCUAUAUGUUAUAGUAACAUCUAAACGUUAUAGUAACAUAUUGAAACUAUUAAUAUACGAAACAUUAAAAAAGAAUUAAAGUUGGGACUGGAUUUGAUAUUCAAUAAAGUAGUGAAUUAAUUUCUUUUUCUUUUAACAGAAUUUAGAUUGAAUGUGUUAAAGUGUCUUUAUAAAAUACCUGUUAAAUAUUGUUAUUUAUUACAAGAUUUCUGUAACAUGACUUUCAACUCUCUUUUCUUAGUUUUAAGAUUUCUCAAAUAAUUUAAUAUUAAAUUUUUUAACGAACUAAUAGGUUUUUUUUAAUUGGUCGCGUUAAAGUUGAAAAUAGUUUUUUCCAAAUAAAAAAAUUUAAUGCUAAAUAUGGAAAAACAUUAUUCAUAAUACUUGAUAAUAAUUAAUAAUUGAUAAUCGAGAUUGAAUAACUUUAUGUUAGGUAACAGCAUAAAAGUAUAUCUUAUAACCAUUUAAAUUAUAUUAAAAAUUUUUUAUUUUGACAAUGAUAUGAAAAUAAUCACCUACUGUCACGUGCGAAACGUGACGUAAUACAUUAAUAAACUAAAAUAGACAACUGUCUUCCUACUAAGACUUUAUUCGGCGCAGAGCAAAUAUCACGAGUCGAAGAUGAUUUGCUUCGAGAGACAACUGAGAACUGGUUUUUUAGUUCAAGAGGAAUCUUCUCUCACAAAAGAAAUAGAUAGACUUUUCAUUGAAAUAAUAAUAAGUAAUAACGUGGCGUUCUAAUAUUGGACGUAGUGAUUGGCGCGAUUUAGAAGACAGAAAAACUGAUAUUUGAUGCAAAGAUUCAUUUGGAUACGACUAACUUUGUAGCUUAUUGUAGUUCACGAAAGUUAAGAGACGAUAAGGGUAAAUGAGUCAGGGGGAAGAGUUUAGACAAAUAACGUGAUUGAAAUUUCUUAGGGUAUUAGUUUAUUGCAUUAUUGGUAUGAAAAAAA